AUGCUAAUUAACUCUGCAGCCCGUGCCAACUUGACUGAAAUCAAUCAGACCAUGGACCUUCUUUGGAGAAACACGGUUGACCCCAGUAAGGUUGUCAUGGGCAUGGGAUUUUACGGGCGCAGUUUCACUCUGUCCGACCCUUCUUGCAAGUCAGCGGGCUGCCCUUUCUCUAGAGGAGGCAAUCCCAGGCCAUGCUUGAGCUCAGCCGGCACUCUGAUGUAUUCAGAAGUCCAAGUGAUUGCUACUCAACCUGCCACCGUCGUCGAAUACAACACGAAAGCGUUGGUCGACCUUGCGGCCAAUACUGCAAGCUACAUCUCUUGUGAUAAAGCGGGAAUGCUGCAGUAA